AUGUCAGACGACACCUUUUGGUAUAAAGGGAUCAUUUUCCCGAGGGCUCAUGGGAGCCCUGAAGUUCUCAGAAAAGUACAAGAAGAGUUUGUGCUGAAGGAUGAAGAUGUUGUAACAGUGACUUUCCCCAAAUCAGGAACAAACUGGUUGAUUGAGAUUCUCUGUCUGAUUCACUCUAAGGGGGAUACCAAGUGGGUCCAGUCUGUGCGCAUCUGGGAACGCUCACCCUGGAUAGAGUCUGAGCCUGGGUUUGCAUCAGCAAAUAAGAAGGAGGGCCCGCGCUUGCUCACUUCCCACCUCCCCAUCCAUCUUUUCCCCAAGUCUUUCUUCAAUUCCAAGGCCAAGGUGAUUUAUGUCAUGAGAAAUCCCAAGGAUAUUAUUGUGUCCAGUUAUUUUUUCUGGAAUUCAAUAAAUGGGUUUAAGAAACCAAAGUCAGUGGAACAAUGUCUUGAAUGGUUCCUGGAAGGAAAAG